AUGGCCUCAAAGGACCCAAUUCAACCUCAGUCCUCAAUCGGCCGCACCUAUCUUGUGCUGUACAAUGCCACCUGUGCCGCCCUUUGGCUAUCGAUUUUGGUCACCACAGCGAAAACUUGGAUCCAGUCGCCAGACAUCACGGCAGUAUACAAAUCCGCAGAGCCAUUGACGAGAUAUACCCAGACCCUCGCAGUGGUUGAGAUUCUCCAUGCCGCGCUCCAAAUUACUCGCUCUCCGGUCUUCACUACAUUUACGCAAGUCUUUGCUCGCUCUGUGCAAGUCUGGGCUAUCAAUUAUGCGUUCCCCAGCGCGACUGCCCCCUCAGUGGCGUACACAGCCAUGCUCUUGGCUUGGUCGUCGGCAGACACGAUCCGCUAUCUAUACUUUGCAAUCAUGCAAGCUGGAUAUCCAGUUCCUGCGCUGUUGAAGUGGUCUAGAUACUCGCUAUUCCUGGCUCUGUAUCCCGUCGGAAUCAGUAGCGAAUGGUGGUUGAUGUACAAAGCUACCACUAUUGCUAGCAACUGGGCUGUACUCGGCAUUUUCUACUUUUUCUUGGGACUUUACGUACCCGGUAAGCAUUCCAACUCGUUUCCCCAGGUGGCUUCCGCGGCAGUGUCUAAUCUGCGAUACAUAGGGUCGGUGAUGAUGUAUUCCUACAUGCUAAAGCAAAGACGAAAGGUUCUAACCAAGAACUAA